AUGAAGAGAUCGUAUAAAAGUAACGAUCACUUUGGAUUCGCUACUUUGACUCAGGCUAAGUUCAGUGAUGCCACAAUACACUUAAGCUUAGAUUUUGAUACAAGUUUACGUACAGCUGAAAGCUCAAAAGCUGUUAGAAAACCAACCUGCUUAAGUUACGAGUGUUACAGAAGACUCUCCGCAACGUUGAUAGCAUUGUUGUCGAUUCACGUCGCUGAUGAAGGACACGCUGUUAAUCCAAGUUGUUCGUGUAUCCGGUUCACGGCUGGGGCGGGCGGCGCAACGCGCGGUACGUUCAGCAGCCCGGACUUUCCUCAUGCAUACCCUCGCGCCCUCUGCCUUCUUUACACAUUCAUCGCGCAACCCCACCAGAUCAUUGAAAUUGUAUUCAGUGAUUUCGACGUGUACAAGGACCAUGUCGAGUAA